AUGGGCGAGUUCACGUUUGGGAGUUCCCGUGAGGUGCUGCCCCUUUGUAGGAAGCAUGACGAGGACAGGGACAUGUGCUGUGAGGACUGUAAGACCAUCUUCUGUGUGACGUGUGGUCAGACAGAACACAAAGAACACAACUGGGGCAGCAUCAAGAAAAUAUCGUCCGAAAAACGGAGAGACAUUCCCAAAAUCAGCCAGGCAAUACGUGGCUGUGUGCAGGAAAUAACCGAGAGCCUCUCCUUCGUGUCUCAGAUGGAGUACGAGCAAGAAAAAAGACAUUCGGGGCAAAUCAGAAAGCUUGUGAAACAGCAGGACGAGAUGGUAUCCGAGGUGUUCAAGAUCACUAACGCCAACAUCGAGAAAUCCAAAGGAAUCUACUCCCGUUGUCAACAAAAGCUUGCUACCUUAAAAACCAAUAUGAACAACUAUAAACGAGAACUGCUGGAUAAGGUCCAGUUUCUGGACUCGCAGUCAGGUAGCAUGACGGGAUUCCAGCUGAUCGAGACAAGGAACGACGCUGAGGCAGUGAUUGCUGAGGUCAACAACAUCGACUUGACGGCGUACGGACAUCUACCCUGCUUCUUUAAAGGUCAGAUGGACUACCAAGCACUGAAGGCCAUGUACGGUACACUGAUGGACCCGGAACAUAUAAAAGUAUCGAGACUAGCGAAUUUCAAGAACUUUUCGAACACGAUCGUCUCCAUACAUUCGGUAUCGGAAGAUUUGGCCUGGGUUCACGGAUGGGACUGUAGUGCCUAUUUAUUGAGCAAUAUUGGUGUUACUAAAAAGACGAUAGAAAUGAACAGUCUUUCUAACGACUUCAUCGUGGGACCCGGUGGGAUUCACAUCUUUACAGACUUUGAAAACGAUGAAAUUAAAAAAAUGGAUGAAAAUGGAAGAGUCUCUGUCAUUGUAUCGACGAAGCCGCUCACCCCCAUUGGGAUUGGGAAAUCUUUGGACGGGAACAUGCUAGUGGCGCUGGUAGAUGACUACAGCUUCAAGAUCAACACAAACAGCAAACGCUUGCUCAAGCUGAUCUCCAUUGACGGAGAAGAAAUGAGGGCGUUUGAAUUUGAUAAAGAUGGCUCAACAAAGCUGUUUACCAAACCUCAUCGCGUGUUUCAAAAUUAUAACACUGAUAUUUGCGUCAUAGACCAGAUCGGCCAAUCAAGUGGCGUUCUCCGGGUACUCUCGUCAGAUGGCGCAGUCAAGUUUGAUUACCGCGGGAAUUAUGUCAAGAAACGUUUUGAUCCCCGUGGGUUGGUGUGUGAUGGAAACUGUAACAUAAUCGUCACCGACUGCCUCCAUAGCUUCAUCCACAUGUUGAGUCCGUGUGGCGAGUUCAUCCGGUACAUUGUGACUAAGCAGGAGGCGAUCGAUUCGCCAUACUCGGUUGACCUCACAAAGUCUAGUUUGUGGGUAGGUGGAAAAAAUGGAGAAAUCAGUGUGUAUCGAUAUAUUUCUGAUCCAAACAAUUAA